UCCUAAGCCCUUCGACUUCCAGAACGCAGCGGACUGGCCCGCCUGGAUGGACGAAUUUGACGACUACAGAUUCGCGUCUGGGCUACAUGAGAAAACAGACGAAGUUCAACCUCCUCAACAAAGACAGCGACUGGUCUUGGGGACCUCAACAAGAGGCAGCUUUUGAGAAGAUCAAGACCACUCUCAGCUCACAGAUGUCUGGCGAGGUACAACCCCCGGUAGUCGACAAUUGUAUCGGCGGACGCGUCUUCACUAGGAAUUGGCGCAGUACUCCUCCAGGAUCAGCCAUCUGGUGAGAGACGUCCAGUAGCAUAUGCCUCCAGAGCGCUCACAAAAACAGAGCAGAGGUAUUCACAGAUCGAAAAAGAAGCGUUAGCUUUAACUUGGGCUGCGGAACGCUUCGACGAAUUCCUAAGAGGCCUCACGUUCCUAUUUGAAACGGAUCACAAACCUCUCCUACCGCUACUGGGUCGAGAUCCUCUCGAUUCUCUACCGCCAAGAAUUCAAAGGUUCAGGAUGCGUCUUAUGCGGUACUCGUUCACGCUUACACACGUCCCGGGGAAAAGCAUUGCUACGGCGGACACACUUUCACGGGCGAGAGUGAUGAACACGGCGCUUUCGGUCGGAGAGUUGUCUGAAGCAGACGUUUCGGCUCACGUGGAGGGAGUCGUUCAGUAUGCGUUCUCCGACGACAUGCUCGAACGCAUACGCUCAGAGCAAGCAAAUGACCCCGAAUGUGCGUCGUUGCUCGAAGCUUGUAUGCAAGGUUGGCCCGCUAAGCACCACACACCACAACUUCUCAAGCAAUUCUGGGCGCAUCGUGGUAACAUCACGGUUUGCAAGCAGUUGCUUUUGAAAGACUCAAGGCUGGUGAUUCCACGAGCUCUGCGGAAAGAAAUGCUUCGGAGGGUUCACGAGGGACACCAGGGAAUUGCACGCUGCCGCGCGAGCGCAAGAGAAUGCCUCUGGUGGCCAGGAAUUGGCAAAGACAUUGCACAAACCGUGGCCAACUGCCAAGCAUGCUCCAUAGAGCGUACCCAAUUUUCCGAACCAAUGAUUCCAUCUGAAACAACCGAGCUGCCAUGGCAGAAAAUCGGAAUUGAUUUAUUUGAGAUGAAAGGAGCUGUCUAUCUUGUCGUUGUCGAUUAUCACUCCAGGUACCCUGAGCUGGCCCUGCUGGAUCAAGGAACGUCGUCGAAGGCGGUCAUCCAGCAUCUGAAAAGCUGCUUCGCCAGGCAUGGGAUACCGCAAACGGUAAUAUCUGACAACGGACCACAAUUCAUCUCAUUCCCGUUUGCUGAUUUUGCAAGAAACUACGGCUUUAGGCAUGUCACAACAAGUCCUCGUUACCCACAAGCUAACGGGGAAGCUGAGCGCAUGGUAGGGACUCUUAAAAGACUUUUGAAGAAGGCAGAGGACCCCUACAUCGCCUUGCUGAACUAUAGAAACACGCCGGGUCCAACAGGCUAUAGUCCAGCGCAGCUGCUAAUGAGCCGCCGCUUACGCUCAAAAGUACCGUGCAUGCCAUCCGCGCUAAGGCCAGAAGUAGUAAAGGCUUCUUGGAAAGAGCAAGACGAAAAAUACAGACAAAAACAAAAGAUGUAUUUUGACAAACGUCAUGCUGCGAGACCUCUUCCCUGUCUAUCCGCAGGCACUCAAGUAUGGCUGAAAGACAGAGGCGCCGAGGGCACGGUCCUUCGUCCUUCCAAAACACCGAGAUCCUACUGGGUCCAAACUGAAGGAAAAACCGUACGCAGAAACAGGCGUCAUCUGUUCCUUCUCCCACACGGAGGAGAAACAAGCCCCGUAAAGUCGGAGCAGCAUCCACGAAACAACGAGCCGACGGACGCGACGGACAAAGACACCGUAGCUACGAAGUCGUCUGACAUCCAAGAGCCUCGUUCAUCGAACGAAACUUCAAGUCCAGAGCAAAGAACGACGCGAUAUGGGCGCGUCAUACGAGCUCCGAAAAGACUCGGUAUUGAUGACUAAUUUGUGAAAUGUUUUUCUUUCUUGGCAGGCCCACGAUGCUUAUAAAACGGGGAA